GCCCGCCCGCCCGGGAGACCGAUCAUUCAUCUUGCUUUGCCUAAAAGGAGAACCCUCAAACCUUCUCCACCGGCCACCCUCUCCAGAGCCUGCGGCCGCGAGGGUGCAGGGAGCCCGGAAGGGGACGCUUUGGGAAUGACCAUGUUCCACAGAGGGACGGAGCCGAUGCCCUGCUUCUUCACACAGAGCUUCCUCCACUAAAGCUCCGAAAAAUAAAAAUAAAUCAAAAUUUAAAAAAAAAAACCGUAAUUGCCAGAAGACUCAUUAAAAUAGAUUCCGGCCACUAACCUCACAUGCAUAUGGAAUCAUUACUCUGGAUUCUGAGUGUGAGUCGUUCUCCACAACCUGAAAUUACCUCUGAAUUAAAUCCUUUUUCUCUGAAAUUUGCAACUCUUCAAGACACAAGAUUACCACCAAAUUUACGGUACACUGGAUUUUAAAUUCUCCUCAGUCCCUUUACCCUCUGUCUUUCCUAUGUGGAUAUGCAAGCGAGAAGAGGACCCUGGACACCCCCAACAUGCUCGCUCCCUUAAUCUGCCCGCGGUCUAGAGGUCUGGCUUCUACAAACCCAGAGACGCUGCUGAGCCUCAUUCUUUUCCUUGAACACCCUCUCCUCACCUCGAUGCCACCUUUGUCUGCCCUUGAUCUCGACUUACCAUCCUCCACGACCUUCACUCAGCCCAGCUCGCCUGAUUCUUCGCUUCCUCCACUCUGCGCUCCUGUCCCCAGCUCCCAUUCCUCACUGACUGCCUUACGAGCCUCAGCACCAAACUCAUUGCCAAGGAGUCGACGAGUCGAAGAUGAAGGCCAGAGCGGCGUGCUGCGCGCCCAAGUUCUGGCUGGUGCUGGCUGUCCUGGCCGUGUCGGGCAGCAGAGCGCGGUCCCAGAAGAGCGCCCCCAGCAUUGGCAUCGCUGUCAUCCUGGUGGGCACUUCAGACGAGGUGGCCAUCAAAGAUGCCCACGAGAAAGAUGACUUCCACCAUCUGUCCGUGGUGCCCAGAGUGGAGCUGGUGGCCAUGAACGAGACCGACCCAAAGAGCAUCAUCACGCGCAUCUGCGACCUCAUGUCCGACAGGAAGAUCCAGGGCGUGGUGUUUGCUGACGACACAGACCAGGAAGCCAUCGCCCAGAUCCUCGACUUCAUUUCUGCCCAGACUCUCACGCCCAUCCUGGGAAUCCACGGGGGCUCCUCAAUGAUCAUGGCAGAUAAGGACGAGUCCUCGAUGUUCUUCCAGUUCGGUCCGUCCAUCGAGCAGCAGGCUUCCGUCAUGCUCAACAUCAUGGAGGAGUAUGACUGGUACAUCUUCUCCAUCGUCACCACCUACUUCCCCGGCUACCAGGACUUCGUGAACAAGAUCCGCAGCACCAUCGAGAACAGCUUCGUGGGCUGGGAGCUCGAGGAGGUGCUCCUGCUGGACAUGUCUCUGGAUGACGGCGACUCCAAGAUCCAAAACCAGCUCAAGAAGCUGCAGAGCCCCAUCAUUCUGCUUUACUGCACCAAGGAGGAGGCCGCCUACAUCUUCGAAGUCGCCAACUCGGUGGGGCUCACUGGCUACGGCUACACGUGGAUCGUGCCGAGUCUGGUGGCGGGAGACACGGACACGGUGCCCUCCGAGUUCCCCACGGGGCUCAUCUCCGUGUCCUACGACGAGUGGGACUACGGCCUCCCGGCCAGGGUGCGAGACGGGAUCGCCAUCAUCACCACGGCUGCUUCCGACAUGCUGUCGGAGCACAGCUUCAUCCCCGAGCCCAAGAGCAGCUGCUACAAUACCCACGAGAAGCGGAUCUACCAGUCCAACAUGCUGAAUAGGUAUCUGAUCAAUGUCACUUUUGAGGGGAGGAAUCUGUCCUUCAGUGAAGAUGGCUACCAGAUGCACCCGAAGCUGGUGAUAAUUCUGCUGAACAAGGAGAGGAAGUGGGAGAGGGUGGGGCGGUGGAAAGAUAAGUCCCUGCAGAUGAAAUACUACGUGUGGCCCCGCAUGUGUCCGGAGACGGAAGAGCAGGAGGAUGACCACCUAAGCAUCGUGACCCUGGAGGAAGCGCCAUUUGUCAUUGUGGAAAGCGUGGACCCUCUGAGCGGCACGUGCAUGAGGAAUACCGUCCCCUGCCAGAAACGCAUCAUCUCUGAGAAUAAAACAGAUGAGGAGCCAGGCUACAUCAAAAAGUGCUGCAAGGGCUUCUGUAUCGACAUCCUUAAGAAGAUUUCAAAGUCUGUGAAGUUCACCUAUGACCUUUACCUGGUGACCAAUGGCAAGCACGGGAAGAAGAUCAACGGAACCUGGAACGGCAUGAUCGGGGAGGUGGUCAUGAAGAGGGCCUACAUGGCGGUGGGCUCGCUCACCAUCAACGAGGAGCGCUCGGAGGUGGUGGACUUCUCCGUGCCCUUCAUAGAGACCGGCAUCAGCGUCAUGGUGUCACGCAGCAACGGCACUGUCUCACCUUCCGCCUUCUUAGAGCCGUUCAGCGCUGAUGUGUGGGUGAUGAUGUUCGUGAUGCUCCUCAUCGUCUCGGCCGUGGCUGUCUUCGUCUUUGAGUACUUCAGCCCCGUGGGUUAUAACAGGUGCCUCGCCGACGGCAGAGAGCCAGGUGGCCCAUCCUUCACCAUCGGCAAAGCGAUUUGGUUACUCUGGGGUCUGGUGUUUAACAACUCCGUCCCUGUGCAGAACCCCAAGGGGACCACCUCCAAGAUCAUGGUUUCUGUGUGGGCCUUCUUCGCUGUGAUUUUCCUGGCCAGCUACACUGCCAACUUAGCUGCCUUCAUGAUCCAAGAGGAAUACGUGGACCAGGUUUCUGGCCUGAGUGACAAAAAGUUCCAGAGACCUAAUGACUUCUCACCCCCUUUCCGCUUUGGGACCGUCCCCAAUGGCAGCACAGAGAGGAAUAUCCGCAACAACUAUGCAGAAAUGCAUGCCUACAUGGGCAAGUUCAACCAAAGGGGUGUAGAUGAUGCAUUGCUGUCCCUGAAAACAGGGAAACUGGAUGCCUUCAUCUACGACGCGGCGGUACUCAACUACAUGGCGGGGAGAGACGAAGGCUGCAAGCUGGUGACCAUUGGCAGUGGCAAGGUCUUUGCUUCCACUGGCUAUGGCAUUGCCAUCCAGAAGGACUCUGGCUGGAAGCGCCAGGUGGACCUUGCCAUACUGCAGCUGUUUGGAGAUGGGGAGAUGGAAGAGUUGGAAGCUCUCUGGCUCACCGGCAUCUGUCACAACGAGAAGAACGAGGUCAUGAGCAGCCAGCUGGACAUUGACAACAUGGCCGGGGUCUUCUACAUGCUGGGGGCGGCCAUGGCGCUGAGCCUCAUCACCUUCAUCUGCGAGCACCUCUUCUAUUGGCAGUUCCGCCACUGCUUCAUGGGCGUCUGCUCGGGCAAGCCGGGCAUGGUCUUCUCCAUCAGUAGAGGCAUCUACAGCUGCAUCCACGGCGUGGCCAUCGAGGAGCGGCAGUCGGUGAUGAACUCCCCCACGGCCACCAUGAACAACACGCACUCCAACAUCCUGCGCCUGCUGCGCACGGCCAAGAACAUGGCCAACCUGUCGGGCGUGAACGGCUCCCCGCAGAGCGCGCUGGACUUCAUCCGCCGCGAGUCCUCGGUCUACGACAUCUCGGAGCACCGGCGCAGCUUCACGCACUCCGACUGCAAGCCGUACGGCCCCGCGCCCUGCGAGGAGAACCUGUUCAGCGACUACAUCAGCGAGGUGGAGCGCACCUUCGGCAACCUGCAGCUGAAGGACAGCAACGUGUACCAGGACCACUUCCACCACCACCACCGGCCGCACAGCAUCGGCAGCGCCAGCUCCAUCGACGCGCUCUACGACGGCGACGGCGCGCCCUUCUCCACGCAGCCGCGGCCGCUGGGCAAGAAGCCCGCCGACGCCGGCCUGCCCGCCGCCAAGCACGGCGCGCUCGGCGACCUGUACGGCAAGUUCUCCUUCAAGAGCGAGCGCUACGGCGGCCACGACGACCUCAUCCGCUCGGACGUGUCGGACAUCUCCACGCACACGGUCACCUACGGCAACAUCGAGGGCAACGCGGCCAAGCGGCGGAAGCAGCAGUACAAGGACAGCCUGAAGAAGCGGCCCGCCUCGGCCAAGUCGCGCCGGGAGUUCGACGAGAUCGAGCUGGCCUACCGCCGGCGGCCGCCGCGCUCCCCGGACCACAAGCGCUACCUGAGGGACAAGGACGGGCUCCGGGACUUCUACCUGGACCAGUUCCGCGCCAAGGAGAACUCGCCGCACUGGGAGCACGUGGACCUCACCGACGUCUACAAGGAGCGCGGCGACGACUUCGCGCGCGACCCCGGCGGCGGCGGGCCCUGCGCCGCGCGGCCGCACCUCAAGCACGGCGCGGGCGACAAGCACGGCGCGGUGGGCGUGGUGGGCGCCGUGCCCGCGCCCUGGGAGAAGAGCCUGGCGGGCGCGGACUGGGAGGAGCGCGCGGCGGGCAACUUCUGCCGCAGCUGCCCGUCCAAGCUGCACAACUACGCGCCCGCCGUGCCCGGCCAGAACUCGGGCCGGCCGGCGUGCAUCCGCUGCGAGGCGUGCAAGAAGGCCGGCAACCUGUACGACAUCAGCGAGGACAACUCCUUGCAGGACCUGGACCAGCCGGCUGCCCCCGUGGCGGCCGUGCCCGCCAACGCCUCCGGCCCCAAGUACCCGCAGAGCCCGACCAACGCCAAGGCGCAGAAGAAGAACCGCAACCGGCUCCGCCGGCAGCACUCCUACGACACCUUCGUGGACCUGCAGAAGGAGGAGGCCGCCUUGGCCCCGCGCAGCGUGAGCUUGAAAGACAAGGGCCGAUUCCUCGACGGCAGCCCCUACGCCCACAUGUUUGAGAUGCCCGCCGGCGAGAGCACCUUUGCCAACAGCAAGUCCGCGGUGCCCGCGGCCGGACACCACCACCACAGCAACCCCGGCAGCGGCUACAUGCUCAGCAAGUCGCUCUACCCCGACCGGGUCACUCAAAACCCUUUCAUCCCCACUUUCGGGGACGACCAGUGUUUGCUCCACGGCAGCAAAUCCUACUUCUUCAGGCAGCCCUCGGUGGCUGGGGCAUCGAAAGCCAGGCCAGACUUCCGGGCCCUUGUCACCAACAAGCCAGUGGUCUCAGCCCUGCAUGGGGCUGUGCCAGGCCGUUUCCAGAAGGACAUCUGUAUAGGGAACCAAUCCAAUCCCUGUGUGCCUAACAACAAAAACCCCAGGGCUUUCAAUGGCUCCAGCAAUGGGCAUGUUUAUGAGAAACUUUCUAGUAUUGAGUCUGAUGUCUGAGUGAGGGAAGAGAGAGGCUGAGGUGGGUACGGGAGGGGCAGGAGGGCUGUGGUGCGCAUGUUGUGGAGGGGGUCUGGGGUCAACUUGGUUCCCAUUUGCUUCUUUCUUGUUCUUUUCAUUUCUCUUAUGGGAUCCUGGAGUUCUAGUUCCUACCGAAGGCCACCUGGCGGCCAGCACCAUCGCUGCUCCUCUGCCCAGCUCUCUCCUCCCUGUGUCUAUGUGCCAUUCCUGUCCCUGUAAGAGGCCCAGCCAGGGAGGGUGGAGAGGGCGCAGAGACAGGAAGUGCUGCUCAUGAGCUAGCUCCUGGCCCAGCGGGGCCCUUUGCCAGCCACCUUGAAUGAGGUUAGGAAAAGACAAAAGCAGGCCACGGGAGCGCAGGGCAGCUUUUCCAGAACUGCUCUUAGGGCAUCAGCGAGCCAGCGAAGGUGUCUAAGCGAGGCCAUUCAGCACAGUGCUCAAGAAAUUCCGGGUAGAUGAUCUGGCUGGAGUCAAGCGGAGUGUAGGAGGCCAUCGUGUGGUUUUAUAUAAGCCAAAACCAAACAAACAAACAAAAUUCCAUGCGACUCAUUAGUGGCAGUGAACCCUACUGAAAGAUCACUGGUGAGCCAACAGAUACCUGAGAAAUGCUAAAGUACACUUCCAUGAUGACCCAUGGUGCACUGGAAGCAAAAGCGGGGUGGGGGGGGGCACGUGUGCUUGUGCAGCUCUGGGCGCGUGCAUCCACAAGUGCUCAGGGCACCUCUCAACGUGGACAACCCCUUGUUGCUUCUCUCCGUGCAAGGAGCAACGCCUUGCUCACUGGGAGCACUGAGCUUGCUUUGGCUUAUAUUGAAACACAGAUGACCAUAGUCAUGCAAACCGUGGCUGUCUCUCCUCUCACCUUACCAAGUGAUAAGCAUGGAAGCUCUUGACAAGAAGAUCCUGAGCUGUAGUCAGGAAAAAGAAAGAAAGAAGGAAGGAAGGGAGGAAGGGAGGGAAGCAGUCUUACAAAAAUAAGGCACAAAUAUAAUUUUUCAGUGAUUGCCUGCAGUUUCAACCAAGAACUUGACAGGAAGGCUAAAGAAAAUGGAAGACAGCCACAAUUCUUUCCCUACACCUGAAAGCAAAAUAGUCUAUGAAGAAGCUCUUUGGGGCUUUUAGAUCCUCAACUAGCCCAGGUUUGGGGGGCAACUCAGUGAGGCUUUGAAAACCAGGGGAGUCGUUUACGGUAGGGUAAGUGGAGAGGGGGGAUGUUUUCAGUGCUUUGAUCCCUUCUCACUUAGCCUGGCGCUGGAGCAGCGGGCCAGUCCCCCCACAACCAAUGACAGCUGCCAGGAAAUGGGCUUUACCCCCAAGGGCUCAGCUCUGGGGGGGUCUGAGCAGAAGGGGAGACAUUUGGAUGUGGGGAGGUUAGGAAGACACCUCACUGGAGCUGGCUCCCUGCGAAUGUGGUUUGAGCCACUGCGACUCUCGGUAAAAGUUCUUUCGCCUUUCUACGAUACCCCUGUUCCCUCUCAGAUUGUAUCACUCAAAAGUAAAUGUGUGUGUGUGUGUGUGUGUGUGUGUGCACGCACGCGGGUGCACUUGUGUGUGUGUGCGUGUGUGUAUGUGAAACACUCCAGGGAUGGGGGUGCUGGCAGACAUGAUGCCCCCUCACUUAAGGUUGGAAAGUUGAGAAGGGAUAUGAAAAUCUGUCACUGCCCAUCCUGAGACUUGGGGAUAGGGGUGUCCUAUGGGUCAGUUCCACUGUCCUGCCCUCCCUCGCGCUAUUCCAAAGAGCCCAGGUCUGUUUGGAAGCUUGCCCACAGGAUCGCCUUGUCGCACACAGGACACACAAACCCAGAAAGGUGCUGGUCCUCCUCUGGAUCGAAGCUGCCCUGUCUCCUCACAUCACACCCCUCCCCUCGGGGUGGCCCUGCCUCACGACCUUGAGCUUUCCUCCUUCCCCACCCUUGACUGCUGCUUCACCCCUCCCCCUUCUUGAUCUCCUUCUUCAUUUUCUCCUCAGUAUCUUUCAUUUUAAAGCCAACCGAAGGCCUUGUUUUCUUUCUAAAAUGACCAUGGGGGCAAGGGGCUGAACCGCUCACGAUUUGGAGAGCAGCAUGCAGUGCUUUACCGUAAGUUCCAGGAAAGACUUGCAGAGAGGACAGAGGGGGUGAGGCACCUUCCGGAGGAGGGAGGAGAAUGCGCCAGAGAAACGUGGCUUUGCCCUGGCUCCGUCCAAGGACCAGGGCUCAUCCCUCACUCUUCCUCUUACCUCACCCUUCUAAAAUAAAAUUUAAAAUUAAAAAAAAAAAGAAAAAUAAAAAAACAACUAACCUAGCGAACAGCAAUCUAGCAUACAGAGGGCUCUGUUGGUCUCCACUGGCCACAGAAAUCAAGAUGGUGUUUAUUUCAUAUGUAAAUAUUUUGUUUUCUAAUUCAUUUUGUAUAGAUAAAGUGUUCUCUUGUGAGUAUUCAGGGUGUUGGGCCUGAGGGAGUGGGGUGGGGAUGGGAAUGAGGGGGAAAGUGUUUUGUUAAUGAGUUUUUUUCAUUUUCUGUUGGGGGAAUUGUUUGGCGUGGCCUUUGCUUCAGAGUGUCUGGGGGGAAAACAAAAAAGUGAAUCCACAUGGAAGCCACUGUGGUGAAUAAGGCAGAGUGGGAAGUCAUUUUGUAUCUAUGCCUCACCUCCCAAAACCAAUCUUCCCGCUGGUCUGUGAGAAACGUUCAUGCACCUUGGCCGGGGCUUUGCUGGGUCUGAAUAGGCCCUUAGCAAACGUCAGUCUACCUUCUGCGUAGACUAGAGGGGACCAGCACUCUGUUAAAGAUGAGCUGGUGGCACCAGAUUUUCCCUGACAGUACCUAGGGUGGCAGAUGUUUCCAGAAAGGUUUGAAAAGAAAAGCAUUGGGGUCCAGUUGCGUCCCGUUCUUGGUAUGACUGAGAGGUGUCAGGAAUCCUGGACUGAGGAACCUCCCAGAAGCCUUCUCCGCUAGUUAGUGAGCAUCUCACCACUCUGACCCUUUCCUAGGCCUGGACCUCCAUCCUGGACUCCAGCCUACCUGUCCAAGUCAGCACUUCAGGCAGCCCCAGAAAAUGUGCAUAAUGCUGGAGACAACCACGGGCAUCUUACGAGGGCAAAUGCCUUUCUAGAAAAGGUUCUCUCAAAGCUCAGUGGCUAGAUGAUGCCCUUGGCAAGGCAGCUGAAGUUAGUUGCAGAGGAAGGAAAGUGGUCAUGUGAGGGUACUAUAGCAACGAUGGCUUUAUAUUUGCCUUGUUCUCAUUAUAUUCCCACCAAAAAAAAAACAAAAAAAAAGUUUCUACUGACCCCGGGUUAGCCAGACAAAUCAAAGCUUGGUUGUGUGGCUAUCCUCGCUCAUAGUCAUUAUCUCUCCCUUCCCCUUCUUAACCUCUCUUUAUCCCAGGUUAAAUUUUCUAAAUCCAUAAAUCCAGUGUUUACAUCUUACUCACCCCCUCUCCCCGCCCACCAUGUUUUCUCCCAUGACUGUAAGCUGUCAGCUGGAUAAUUUCAUUUUCUUCAACCCUUUAUUUAGCCCCAACUGACCACUUUCCUUCAAUGGGCUGUUUGAAUUGGGAGCAAGUAAAGUAUUUACUUAUGGCUUCGCUCAAGGAAGAAUAAAGAAAAGAAGGCUGUCAAGUUUUAGAGGUGAAUUAAUUACAGAAUAACAAGCCAAUAAAAUGCAUAAGAAAUAAUUCAACAGGCGGUCCCGUCUCUGUCACAGAUACACAUGGACCAAGACCUAAUCCAUCCCAAACUGUAAGAUUCUGCAGAACCCUCAGGGGCACCUCAGGUCCCAGAGUCUUCCUCAGAAUCCAUGCUUUCUCCCUCCCUCUCUCUCUUUCCCUCUGUCGUGUCCUCUCUAUCAUUAUCUCCCAUUGUGGACGUGGAUCGUUGGGUGUGGUCCUGCUGAUGCUGACCACCUCAGAAUGUCCAGGGACCUCAGCAAUCCUGACCCUUGCAGUUGCCCGUGUGAAACUUGUGCACACCCUUUCAGAUUGCCCCACGUACAGUGGACCUUGUGAUGUCAACGCUGUCACUGCGUACCCUCAGCCGGAACUUGGGAAGCAUUCUUCCUGUGUAUUCCCCUGUGCUGGCCACGGCUGUUUUGUGAUUGGGUUGGGGGUGGGGAGGGCAAAAAAUUCCCAAAUGAUCCCAAUUAAAUGUCGGUGGUGUCAGUAGUGCCCAAACGCAUGUGUAAUGUGACACAAAUAGAAGCUGUCUACUCGGUGAAGUGAAUGUCACCAUGGCCAUCCAGAAUCACCCCAGGGAGCAUUCUUGCAGAGUGCUGGUCACCUGCACAUCUCAUUUAAGAAUUAAGCUUUCUUUCUUUGGGUUUUAUUGUUUGGUUUGGCUUUCAGUUCUUUCAAGGUUUAGGGACAGAAUAUCCAGAAUGUUCGGGCAAUAGCCGUUGGAAAAGGUAUUCCUGAACUCACAUUUUAUUAAUUCAUUAUUUUUUUACUCACAGUCUCUUUAAAAAAAAAAAAAAGGCCCUGUCAUUGUUCGACACCCUGCGUGUGUCUGUUUCCAUAUGCUAGGAAUGAUUCCGACGUGUGCAUAAAUGGGGUCGUGGCGGUGUUCCUGAUGAACGCACGCGGUGUUUCUAGGCUCUGUGGCUGUGAUGUACGCACUCUCGGAGCUCGAAGCCAUAUAGGAACUAUGUGCUCUGGGAGGGGGGCCGGGGGGGCCUUCUAAAAUCUGUUGCCUUUGCUUCACUCGCCCAGGGUGUCAGAGACUCUUCUCCCUGGCUAAGGAACUCUUUAUGAACAAGAGGCACCGAACGGUGGCUCAUCGCACCUGAGUGGGUCUGGCCUUACCAAUGGUGUGUGGACGAUGAUGCGCUUUCAGGGUCCUGAAAGAGUCUGCCAAUUAAAGCUUACCUGGCAGAUCUGCUGCUUUAGCAGUGAGCUGUUCAUCUGCCUUGGACAUGAAAGCAUUCCCAGGAAGAGUGACGUACUAAGCCAUAUUAGGGAUUUAUACAUUUAAACACCUAAUGUACAUUAGGAUUCUCAUUCCUUUUCCUGGGAAUAAGUUUUGAUACAGAAAGGAAAAAGCCAAAAAAAAAAAAAAAAAAACCCACUAGGAAUAAAGAGCAGGGAGUAAGGAUGAAGGUUCUGGAAAGUUAAGACAUUUAAACCAUCUUUCAACUCUACCUGCUUUUAUUUAAGGCCCUUGGGACUCUGGAAUAGGAGCCCUAUUUAGGAAUAGUUUUUAAUACACAGUCAAAUAUGUCGUUUACAGAUUUCUAAAUUCAGUAUCUUGUAGGAAGAUAAGGCCUGUGACUCUAGAAAAUGGAUGACAACGCUUCUCCUCUGAAUCAGGAUACUAAAUCGACAGCUGGAAAGAGGAAAUUAAAUUCACCUUUAGUAUAAGAAUUUCAUACUUUUAGUAUAAUAAACGUUAUUGUGUUA